UGACAGCAAAUAGCUAGCAAUGCGUCUUCUCUUCUCCGUUGCUCUCCUCCUCGCUCCGGCGUCGGCGCUGCUGCGCCAGCCGGCGCUGCUCCGCACGGCGCCGGCCGCCGCGCCCCUCCGCGCGGCCGCCCCGCAGAUGAUCCUCGGGAGCAAGACCUUCCGCAAGGCGGUCCUGAGUGUGCGCCGCUCCUCCACGAUUAAGGGAUGCUCGCCGGGUGACGGCAGCGUGGGCGGUGGCAGCGGCGUGGGCGGCGGCAACGGCGCGCAGAUGUCGGCCGGCGGCGACGACGACGAGAGCAACCCAUUCGCCAGCGCGUGGAAGAAGUACAACGAGCUGCUCGACGAGAAGCCGCUCCUAAUGAAGGCAUUCACGUCCUUCCUCGGCUUCGCCAUCGGCGACAUCCUGGCCCAGAUCUUCAUCCAGAAGCAGGACUUCGACUGGUACCGGCUCUUCCGCCUCGCCAGCUUCGGCUUCCUCGUGCACGGCACCUCGUCGCACUGGUUCUACGGGAUGCUCGACAGCGCCAUCCCCGGCAAGGGCGCGCAGCCGGUCUUCACGAAGGUCUUCAUCGACCAGGUGCUGUGGAACCCAAUCUUCGGCAUCAUGUUCUUCUCGUACGUCGCGUGCCUCGAGUGGAAGGGCCUGCAGUACGUCAUCGACAAGACCCGCAACGAGCUGAUGACGCAGGUGACCGGCAGCUGGAAGGUCUGGCCCCUCGCGCACGCCAUCAACUUCCGCUUCAUCCCCAGCUCCCAGCGCGUCCUCUACAUCAACAGCAUCCAGAUGGCUACAACUGCUUCCUCUCCCUCAUCUCGAACCGCGACGCCGAGGCGGCGUAGGCUCGGCGGCGCCUCCUCGCGGGGGCGGCGGGCUGCGGCUCCGACAGGCACCGCGUCUCGCUCCAGCGCCAAGCCUUCUGCGUGUUUGCGAUUGCGCCUGCGAGGCGGGCCGUGUGGGAGCGACGAGGAUUACGACAUGUGCAUGCGACGCAUCGAUGGUCCUUGUUUUCAUGCUCGACGGCGCUACACGUUUCACGCUAUAGCCAUACGCGCUCGAUAGACGAUACGCGCUCGAUACGCGCCACGGGGGCUCGCUGCGCGCCAGGUAGCGGAUUGCGGUUCCGCAGCAGUCUGUGUAUGAAAUCCAGA